UCUAUCUCUCUCUGGAAAGCCCUAAUAAACCGUCUUUCAUUCAGAGUUGAGAGUUGAGAGUUGAGAGUUGAGAUUCACACUUUGUUUGUUUGUGUGAAACUGAAAGUGAAAGCGGGGGAAAAAUGUCGAUUAGAGUGCUGAAUCCAAACGCGGAGGUGCUGAAUAAAUCGGCAGCACUCCAUAUGAACAUCAACGCCGCCAAGGGCUUGCAGGAUGUCCUCAAGUCCAACCUCGGCCCCAAAGGCACCAUCAAAAUGCUUGUUGGAGGAGCCGGCGAUAUCAAGCUUACUAAAGAUGGCAACACUCUUUUGAAAGAGAUGCAAAUUCAAAACCCAACAGCAAUCAUGAUUGCAAGGACAGCUGUUGCCCAAGAUGACAUCAGUGGUGAUGGCACGACUUCCACUGUGAUCUUUAUUGGCGAGCUUAUGAAACAAUCAGAACGAUGUAUUGAUGAAGGAAUGCAUCCCCGUGUCUUGGUUGAUGGUUUUGAGAUUGCAAAAAGAGCAACUCUCCAAUUUCUUGAAAAGUUUAAAACCCCUGUUGUUAUGGGUAAUGAGCCUGACAAAGAGAUUCUGAAAAUGGUAGCAAGGACAACACUCAGAACAAAGUUGUAUGAAGCACUUGCAGAUCAAUUGACGGACAUAGUUGUUAAUGCGGUGUUAUGCAUUCGCAAGCCUGAGGAAGCCAUUGAUUUGUUUAUGGUGGAGAUAAUGCACAUGCGGCAUAAAUUUGAUGUAGACACACGCUUGGUUGAGGGUCUUGUCCUUGAUCAUGGCUCUAGACAUCCUGAUAUGAAGCGACGAGCGGAGAAUUGUUACAUCUUGACAUGCAAUGUCUCUUUGGAGUAUGAGAAAAGUGAAGUAAAUGCAGGCUUUUUCUACUCAAAUGCAGAGCAGAGAGAGGCAAUGGUUGCAGCUGAAAGGCGUCAGGUGGACGAAAGAGUUAAUAAAAUCAUUGAACUGAAAAAUAAGGUUUGUUCUGGUAAUGACAAUAACUUUGUUGUCAUUAAUCAAAAGGGAAUUGAUCCCCCAUCACUGGACCUUCUUGCGAGGGCAGGGAUUAUUGCCCUUCGGAGAGCAAAGAGGAGAAAUAUGGAACGAUUGGUUUUAGCCUGUGGAGGAGAGGCUGUGAAUUCUGUAGAUGAUUUAACUCCUGAUUCCCUUGGUUGGGCUGGACUAGUCUAUGAGCAUAUCCUAGGGGAAGAGAAGUAUACCUUUGUUGAAAAUGUGAAGAACCCUUAUUCUUGUACAAUCUUAAUCAAAGGGCCUAACGACCAUACAAUCGCCCAGAUAAAAGAUGCUGUUCGUGAUGGUUUGAGGGCAGUCAAAAAUACUAUUGAAGAUGAAUCUGUUAUCUUAGGUGCUGGAGCUUUUGAAGUUGCUGCCAGACAAUAUCUAAUUAACGAAGUAAAGAAGACUGUUCAAGGGCGUGCUCAACUUGGUGUUGAAGCUUUUGCCAAUGCUCUUCUUGUGGUGCCCAAGACACUUGCUGAGAACUCUGGGCUUGACACUCAAGAUGUGAUCAUUGCUCUUACAGGAGAGCAUGAUCAGGGGAAUAUUGUGGGAUUAAACCAGCACACAGGAGAGCCUAUUGACCCCCAAAUGGAGGGAAUUUUUGAUAACUACUCCGUGAAGCGCCAGAUCAUAAACUCAGGGCCUGUAAUUGCAUCCCAGUUGCUAUUGGUGGAUGAAGUAAUUCGUGCUGGGCGAAACAUGCGGAAACCAAAUUAGCUCGUGAUCUGCUUGAGGAUGCAUGUUUGUCAUGUGGAGGUUUUCUUCAAUGAGUGAGAAUUCUUGAACUAACUUUAUGUAAAAGGGUCUCAUGUUUUGAGGAUCAUUAUCUAGGGAAUCUUCAUAUGCAUCUGAUGGGGAAUUUUGUUUAGUGUGUAUUGUGUUAUAAAUCUUUAUUUCUCUAGUUUCACAGUUUUUAAUGGGUGGCCUGUCCUGAGGAAUGUCUUGUGGGCAUUUACAUCUUUAGAACCUUUCAUCUAAGUUGGCACUUUGGGGGAAAAAGUUAAAACGACAUUCAUGAUUUCAACUUCA